AUGGCGCAGCUGCCGCCCAGGAUCCCGACCGCGGUGCACCACUGGCCGGAGGGGGGCCAGCACGGCGCGGCAGCGGCGUGGGCCGAUGACUUCGCCGAGUUCGCGGCGUCGCGGCGGGGCGCGCACCGGAGGUCGCUGAGCGACUCGGUCGCCUUCGUCGAGGUGGCGCCCGCGGACGGCGCGGCCGGCGAGUUCGACAGGCUGGACGACGACCAGCUCACGUCCAUGUUCCCCGACGAGGCCGGGGGCGGCGGCGGGUCGUCGUCCGCGCCGGGGUCCGAGAACGGCGGCAGCAGCGACAGCGACGGCGACAAGCGUGUCGGUGGUGCCCCGGCGGGAGGCACCCCCACGGGUAACGGCAAUGCCUGCGACGGCGAGCAGAAUGAAGCCGCGGGCGACGCACAGGCGCCGGCGGCGGGGCAAGCUGCCGCCGCCUCCACGGAGCUGAUCCGGGACCCCAAGAGGGUGAAGAGGAUCCUUGCCAAUCGGCAGUCAGCUCAGAGGUCGCGGGUGAGGAAGUUGCAGUACAUCUCCGAGCUCGAGCGCAGCGUCACGACACUGCAGAACGAGGUGUCCGUGCUGUCUCCCCGCGUGGCAUUUCUGGAUCAACAACGGACCAUACUGACCGUCGGCAAUAGCCACCUCAAGCAGCGGAUCGCAGCUCUUGCUCAGGACAAGAUUUUCAAGGACGCUCAUCAAGAGGCGUUGAAGAAGGAGAUCGAGAGGCUGCGCCAGGUCUACGAGCAGCAGAACCUCAAGAUGUCAGCCGGUGCUGCUGCUUCUGACCACGGGCCGCCGCCACCGGUGCGCGCAGAGAAAGAGCUCAUGAGCUAA